CACUCCUCACCCCACAAUGCCCCACAAUGCAGGGUAUCUGCCAUCAGUACACGGCGUGGCACAGAAGUGAAUGUGUGUAUUUCUGUAUGUGUACACUUUUGUCUCGGCUUCAGAUGCGACAGCGGAGGGAUGCACCAAACUGGCUAACGGCGACAUGGAGUGCGCUACAUUCAAAGAUGUCUGCGAUUAUCACACGGUUCGCACGAGCAGACGCAGGGCACGAUGGAGGCAGAGCUGAUUGUGUUGUAUGCAGUAUGACUACGCCAACCUCGUGACGGUCGACAAUAAUGACAGAUGCUGCUGUGACCUCGCAAGCCUCACCACCCCUACAACCACAGAAGUCGGUUGCUGCUGCGACGAGAGUGAUCCGCCCGACACUUUCCAGAGCGCCAUGUGCGGCACUGCGACAAAAAACCGACGGUUAGUUGCCUACUCACGCAGACAGCUGGCACGAUGGAAAUAAUGUGUGUGUGAUGUCUGGGAUGUGUGGGAUGAAUGGCUUCUUGCAGUGCUGGUAGCGGACGUGACAAUGACGAAGAGAGCGAUGGCGGUAGGUGGGAGGGAGGGGAGGAAGAGGGGUGUUGGGUUGGGCUCACUUGUGCGCUGGCGUGUGUAUGCAGGCCGAGACGGCACGAGCAAAUAGGCUCACAAAUUCUGGUAGGGCGACGCGGCGAAUUUUCUGUGAUGCCUCUCUUGAUGGUUGGCUGUUUUUCUGACACUCUGGUGUCUCUGGUAUUUGUUUAGCUACUAAUUGACGUCCAUCUGCUGCUGAUUCUAUGGAAAAGAAGCGACCCAAGCCGUCGGUCUGCUUCUGAAUGUGCAUGUUCGUGAUGAUUGCCUUUUCUGUCCUUCGUGUUGAUUUCGCUUGCAUGAUGCCACUGACGCUGCUGGUGUGUCUUUGCCUUUGCUUUUGCCUUUGGUUGUCUGUCUGUCUGUCUGUCAUCAUCCGGUCUUUUCAGGUACCUGCGUGACUGAUUGUGGCCUGUGGCAUGGAUGGAUAGAUUUCUCGGUCGUUUCUCGCUUUGAUUGGAUGUCUGGGCUCUGCGUGUCGACACGUCUUGUCUUUACGUGUGUGUCGACGGAAAUGGGGGGGCUGUGCAUGUGAUUUGAGUGCUGAGGCGCAAAAUGGGUGUUCUCUCACCCGUGGGUCAACGGCCCAUCCUCCCUACCGUGUCUGUCCGUACGUGUGUACGAACGUACUCUGUGCCAAUGGUCAGCGGAAGAUGGCCAGGGCUUCCAUCUGCUGUGGCCAGACGGGACGGAGCAAGAGCCAGCUCUGCCUUUGCUUGUGUUCUUCUCGGUGGAUUGAUAUGUUAUGCACGCGUGGCCCGGGGACACACGGGCAGUCAUCAACCGAUCGAGGCUGCCUGGAGUGAAGCGAAAGAAAGGAUGGCUGUUCUUUUCUUUCAGCCAUGCCGUACUGCCGUUUGUUUCGUACAUGAUAACGGUACAUGCAAGUGCUUCAUCGGUGUCUUGUCGCUUCGUGCUGUGACGAUCGGUCACUACUGACGUACACCAGUAAUGUCUUGACGUCAGUACUGCAUUCGUCAAGCUUAAGAGACAUCUCGGAGGCAGAGGAUGCAAACCUUAGAUGAAGUCAGCUUGCGUGAAAUAAAUGCCAUCGACACUUGUUCUUGUGUGUGCAUUACUACUCAUGUACUGCACUAGUAUUAUAACGGAUUAGUAUUGUG